UUGUUUACUUCGUAUAGCUGAGCAGUGUUUUUGUUAUUGUGGCAAUUCUAUCCAUUGAAUAUAUUGAAUUACUUGUUAUUUUCGUUAAUAUUAACACAUAUAACAUGAAUAAAAAGUAUUUGUGAUAGGAAUAAUCGUGGAUUACAUAUAAAUCUAAUAAAACUAUUGUUUGUCUAAAUUCAAUAUCGAAAGUCAUUGUGACUAACAAGUGCUUACGAAUUUUGUUUAGGGUUGUGUUUGUUAGACUUAUGUAAUCGAAUGAUGAGAUUAAUCAGUUUUAUCCUGAUAAAAGGGUACGAUACAUUAAAAUCCAACUUUUAUGUUGGUUCAGGAAAUAAAUAAACGAAGAUAAAUAAGUAUAACACGUGGGUUUCACUGUGAAUAAAUCGAUAGAGACGUAAGACGCGUGCGCCAAUCUCUAUCAACAAGACUAUUAUACGUCAAGGUCACUGGUUACAAACACGUGCGAUGUCGGAUUCUAUUUACACACAUGACUUUCUUCUCGAGCCAGGUAUAGAGAUAAAACAGGAGUCGCCAUUAGACGGAACGAUGUCUGCUUCCGUGCCGAUCCCGCAACGGCGAGUGGAUCUGGGGGACUUUAAUACAGAUCUAGAUCUGUGUUUACAAGACAACUUGGUUGGCUCCUAUCACAACAUGCCCACUCUUCAGUACAAUAAGCUGGCGUUUGAGAUGGACAGCUCUUCUAAAGCAGAAAACUUUAAAAUGGAUGAUGACGAUAUUUUUCAAGUUGACAAAGCUGAUUUAAUACUGGGACCUACUCUCGCGGAACUGAAUGCAAACCCAGAUGCGCUGUUGGAUGAUUUGAAUUUCGAUGAUCUGUUGUUACCGGAAGAAAGUGGCUAUUGUGUUCAGAUAGGAGGUGCAAUGAGCGGUUCUCGUCGAGGACCUAAUGCUAUUCAGGCUCAUAACAUAAUGGCUUCUGAGAGUCCCUGCAGCCCAUAUGGACAUGCGCAGCUUGCAUUUUCUCCUACAAGUCAGCAUAGCUCAGCUUCAUCAAGUUUUGCUCAGCCUAUGAACCAGCUGCCAGAGCUCUUGCUGCGUAUGGAUGGAUAUAGUGGGGAAAUAGCUCUGGGGCAGUCAGUUCCAGCAUCAUCGGUGUUACUUCCAUACCCAACAAGUGUGAAGCCCCAACAGUCUCAGCUCUCCUCUUCGGCACCAACUCACCUCACUAUGGAACAGAUUUGGCAACGCCGAGAGCCUCGCAAGCAUUUGUUGUCUACUAGUUCUUUGGCUGAGGCUGGGUCAGCAUCUUCUCUCUCGGGAGGUCUCCUUAGCCCUGGCACUGGAGACUUCUCACAGGAUGAAGAUGACAGAGACAUUGAAUCUGAUGAAGACAGUGACAGAUAUGAAGACCUCUCUUCUGAUGAAUCAAAUGAUGAAUCAGAGAGUAAGCAAGCUCGCCACAAUGCUAAGAAGGAAAGAUUCUUUUGGCAAUACAAUGUUCAAGCAAAAGGUCCCAAGGGUCAAAGGCUCAUUUUGAAGAACAAAUCUGAAGAUCCUCAUGUUCUGAACUCUGUUACUGAUCCUGUGUUCAGUCCUAGUUGCAGUGUCAGGGGUAUAAAGCACAGUGGAAAAGCAAGAAAAGGUGAUGGCAAUGAUCUAACACCAAACCCCAGGAAAUUGUACCUGAUUGGAAAGGAACUGGAUAAUUUAGGCAAAGUGAUUAAUGACAUGAUACCAGUUAGCGAACUGCCAUUCAAUGUGAGACCUAAAACUAGAAAAGAGAAGAACAAACUGGCAUCUCGGGCUUGCAGGCUGAAGAAAAAAGCUCAGCAUGAGGCAAAUAAACUAAAACUGCAUGGGUUGGAACAGGAGCACAGGCGCCUCCUGAAUGGAAUAGCACAAAUGAAGCAAGUACUGAGCAGCCGAGUCACUAAUUCUCAAAACAAUGUCGACUGGAAUGCACAUGUCACAAACAUAGUUAACACAGCCACAGAGAUUAAAAUAGGAGGCCUAACUUCAGAAUUCGUCAAUAAAGUACUGGACAAAGUCAGAGCAGGACAGAAUAAUGGUGGGUUAAAUGACAUUUAAUUUCUUCAAACUACAGAUUUGUGAGUAACAAAACGAAAGGCUGUUCAAUGUACCUCCAAAGUUAUUUAGAGAAGAGAGUUUGUCUAUCAUAUAAAAGCUUAAUCAAUUGUCCAAGACAAUUUUAUUUUUUUAUGGUAACAAGAGUAGAUUUAGUCACUAGAAGCUUUACAAGGCAACUAGGGGGAAUAUUAAUGUAAUCCUCAUUUAUUAUUAUUAUGCCAUAAGUUAGGUGUCAGUGUCAUGUCUAAUAUGUAAGUUAAUAUUAUUCAUAGGGAUCGAGGUUUUUAGUAAACACUAUCAGCACUCAAAUGCUUAGAUAGCAUGCUGUGCUUUUAGUGCUUACUAACAUUAAGGUAAUCUACACAAAUAAAUCACAUGUGUACCAAUCCCAUACUAUUUACAAGGAUGUUGUACUAUCAUCAAGUUACAUAAUUGUAUGACAAUUUGAAAGUGAAUCUAGUCAGACACUAUAAAUAUUUAUAAGCAGCAAAAACUAAUACUACAUUCCUUCUUCAAAUCAUUUCUAUAAAAGUAAUUCUAUCUGGUAAAUGCUAAUAGCUAAACAAAAUUAAAAAGAGGUAUAUUCUGUUUAGUUUUAGCUAGUCGGAAGUUCUUUCAUAACUUCUUUGUAUACAAUAGAACACUGUUGUAUGAAUCUAAUAGAUAUAAAUAAAAUAUUUUAGCUGUCUAGACCAAAAACCAAAUAGUAAUGCAUAUGCUUUGCAAAAGAUUGCAAAACACAUAGUCAUUGCAUAAACAGAUACUGUUUUUUUGUGUUGUCAUGCUUUAAUAACAUUUACAUGUUAUUAUAUUUAAAACAUUUUAUAAUUCUCAUUAUCAUUUAUUAUUUUCCUGUAAAUAUAUAUUUAUAUGAAUGGGAAAGUGGUGAUUUAUAUGUGUAUGAAAUAGUUCUUAAAAUAUUUUUCAUAAAAAUUUAAAUCUCUAAAGGUAAUUUUUUGUCAGUUUGAAAAUAAAAUCAUAUUUAUAAUCGGUUUACGAAAUCGUAUAUAAAAUCGUUAGAUGAUAACAUUUAAUAAGUAAAUAAUGAUGGCACAAUAUAAAUUCUUAGAUGUAUUCAAAAGAUAGAUAAGAACUAAUGGCUUAGCUAUUAUAUAUUUUUUACUUAUUGAAAUAUUAAAGGGCAAUGUAAUGGCUACUUUGUCAUAUACUGCUGAGUUUAUGACGUUAACACAAAUCAAUUAAAAAGCAAACUAGAAAAUUCAAUUACAUACCAUGUUAGAAGGGAAUAUACCCCUAUUAUAUAUAUUUUGUGAAUAAAAGAAUAUAUUUAUUUUUGUUAUAAUUUCUAUUAAUAUUACAAACGAUCUGCAAUACCUAUACUUAUAGAAUAUUAUAUAUUUAGUCGUAAAAAUCGUUUAAAUAAGAAGUAUGUUAUUUUUAAGUCCUUCAUAUCAAUCUACUGCAAAUUAAACGAAUUUAUUCAUUCAUUUAAUUAAUUUAGUUAUGUACUAUGCAAUAUCAGUUUUAGAUCGCCAUAUACCGAUAAUCAGGCUUAUAAGUGAAUAACAUUGUGAAAUAGUCUGAAAUAGACGUUAAUUACAAAGCUAUUUUGGAACAUUUUAAUGUUGCGCCGUAAACGUAAUGAAAUAUGAACUCUAUAUCAGCAAAAUACAGUGAAUUUCGAAAUUGUAUACGUAAAUUACUAAAAUAGUUGACUUAUAAUAUAACUUAAAUAUAGUUACUAACAAUUUUCAAAUGACCUUCUUUAAUAAUCAAAAUAUCACUUUCUGUAUUUAGAUCUAUGGUAGACUACAUCCACAAUGUUAUCCACUUCAUACGAUACCUCAAAUAUAAUCAGGAUAGGAGCUAAUCUAUCUUUGUAAGCUUAUCAGAAUAUUUUUAAUUUAUCAUUACGCAUUUUGAAGCUCCAAUCAUAAUGCUUCUUUAGUGUUAGUUAAGUAUACAUGUACUCCAAUUAUAUAUAUUUUGUGAUCGUAUUUCGGAUUUUAUAUCGUCGUUAAUAGUUGUAUUUAGUCUAGUUGUAAAUAGAUCCUUGUUAUCUUUUGUUUAUUGUUUAAAAACAUGAAAUAUAAUAUGUUCUACGGUCGAGGGUAUGCAAGAAUUAACAACUAACAAGGGUUUCAAUAUCGAAGUGCUACUGUAGAUAUUGUCGACGGUACUAUGGCAUACUUGCAGAGACCAUUCAUAUGAUAUCACAUAAAAUGAAUAGUAUAUUGUUAAAGUUUUCUUGAUCAAGGCCAGUCAAGUACAAUUUUUUAUUCAGACAAAAUUAUUUAUUCAAGUUUGUAGAGAAUUAUUAAUUGUUGAAUAUGAAGACGUCAACUAUCGACUUAUAGUACAGCCAAAUGUUUUGAUGGAGGUGUUAUUGUAAGGCCUAGUACAAACAAUAAAUAGGAACCUAAAGGCCAUGUCAGAAAGUCGCCAAGUACAACAUUGUAGAAAGAUACCCCUAUAGGGAUAGCCGAGGUUUGAGAUCGAAUUGGAAGUAUAAUAAAUAUGUGUCCUAUCUUAGUAAGGUCAGCUACAACUGCUGACAAAAUACCUCUACUAGAGACGAUUAUAAACAUAUACUUGGUUUGUUGGCUUGUUGAUUUUCGUCAAUCUGUUGUCAUUGUUGAUUUAAAUUUACAGAUUCUUGUGUGUUAUAACAAAAGCAGUGUUUUUUUUACAUGGCGUAUCUAUCUAUAAAUUUAUUUGUUAGCAUAUUUGUGUUACAUAAAACCAAACUCAAACUGGUCUGCGAUCCAAUAGGCUGUGGUUAUUUGUAUAAUUCAUAAGUUUUCUGUUACUUUUAAUUAUUUACUUUAUUAAAUAUUUUUAAUUGAUUGUCAAAUUUAUGUUAAUGUAUUAAUGUUGAAUAAACUUUUACGAUAUUAAGUAUUACUUUUAGAAA